AUGAAGCUUUCUCUCUUCCUCAUCUGUUUCCUCGUGCUCUUGCCUCUCUCCCUACAGGAUCCGAGCCCGAACCAGGUCAAGGCACCGACCCGAGCCCACGCGGAGCUCACGAACCAUGGGUUUCCGAUUGGGCUGCUUCCUUUAUCCGUAAAGGAUUACUUCAUCAACAAAACCUCCGGCGAGUUCUCUCUUUUCCUCGACGGGACUUGCAAAAUCACGCUUCCACCUGACAACUACCUCGCCACUUAUUCGAAACAGGUAACGGGUCGGAUUUUCCAAGGUAAGAUCGCUGAGCUUCAGGGGAUUCGUGUCCGUGCGUUUUUCCAGUGGUGGUCCAUUACUGGGAUUCGAUCUUCCGGGGAUAAUCUUGUGUUUGAGGUCGGUAUGGUGACGGCUAAAUACCCAUCGAAGAAUUUCGACGAGAGUCUUGAUUGCGAAGGGAGACGAAGAUCGUCUUCUUGA